UGAUGCGACAAUUUCAAAACCUUUGAAACCGGAUUCAUCUGGCAGUCUAACCGGGGUGUAGUUUUUGGCUGUAUUUGGUGCUCUGGUUUACGAAGACCCGACAGGAGUCAUACAGGAGGGCAAAGGGGGACCUUUGACCGCAUUUUGUCCACGGACAGAUGCGCGCUCGAAAAUGGUGACGAGUGACCUGGUCGCAGCCGUCAAAGGCGGGAGGUGGUUGUGGGGAGCGUAGCCGGGCCGGGGCCAACAUGCUUGCCACUGUAUUCGGGCCUUUUGGGUUCCAGGUCCCCGAAAGUAUUCAGCCCGCUGAGCCGGUCCCGUGCACCGACCUGUUUCUGCACGGUAAAGCCGUCGCGAGCUGCGCGUCCGCGCUCCUGGUCGCCUCGUGCCUCCUGCUGCUGCUGCGCAGGCGCUGCAGGUGGUCCUGGCCGUCUCGAGCGCCGCUGCCGGACCAGAAUGAAGACUCAGAGGAUUCUGAUACAGAUCAGCUGAAAGACUUUACAGAGGACAUCAUUCACAUUUACAACGACUGGUUCAGUAACCUGGAAGAGUCACUGCAUGGGGAAGGCUGGGAGGGCAGCUGGAAAAUGCCUGGCGGGCACAGCGACGCCCACAUCUCCUCGUCCACCACUGGAGAGUCCCGCAGUGAGGCGGAGCCCGCAGCGUCGAGGCCUGCGUGGCGUCGCAAACGCACGGGGGGGAGGAGGGAACUGCUCAGGGCACCCACUGGGUAUCACACCUCCUAUUGGUGCCUGUCCAGCUGCCAGCUGCCAGCUCCAUACCAGCCUUACCCUUGGUGCUGCAUCACAACCAAGCAUCAUACAUCCAGCAGGAGUCCUCCUCCAACUCAGAGCAUCACGGGUUACUGCAGCUGUUGCGCGGCAGGGAGAAGUAGCAGAUGCCAAUGACACAGCCGAAUCAGCGCUCAGGAUACAAGUCACAAACUAAGCAGGCGCCAAGCUCGGUCUGAAAGCCACUCUUCAGCUGCUGAGCACUCAAAAUCAGACUCAAAAUCAGAUCCUACUGCUACAUCCGGGUCCUUAACAUUUCUCCAGCAUGCGGAGCAGGAGAUCGAGAAGCUUCCAAAGGAUACACCGACGUGCUCCCCAGCUGAAAUCCCAGAGACAAGGAAUGCUGGCUAUGACACUUGGGAGACAUGUGAUCUCUUAAGCCAAGUGAUCAGUGUGAACACAAGACAAGAGCCCACCGAACCACUGCUGAGCGAGCCCGGUCUUCACACAGAGUCGUCAGCUCAGGAGGCUCCUCCAGCCACAGCACUUGGGGCUCCAGGGGAGUCUGAGGAAACAGAGACUGCAUCCCCCCCCACAGAGACCAGAGAUCCACUGGGCUUGCACGCUGGACAGAAGAUGCUCCAGAAUCAGGGAUGUGUGCAGGAAGCAAUCGAGGACUCCCUGGAUCCUCAUGUCCCUCCGGCACCACAGCUCAGCCUGAGGAAGGUAGAAACACCAGCGGUCAGGAGCAAAAGCGUUUCUUUCACCACCCUCCCUGCUGAAGGCACACAUGACCGGAUGUGCCUGUGCAAUCUGGAGGAUGAAAGUGGACCUUCUCAACCCAAAGAAAAGUCUCCUCUAGAAAAGCUGACACUGGGCAAGAGAGAAAUUUUGGAAAUGCAUGUGACCAUGAAGUGGUACCAAGUGGCCAAUGACAAGCUUCCAGACGCUGUGCGGGACUCUUAUGCUGUUGCCUUCCCUGUUAUGAAAAGUCACACGCCAAAAGCAAUUCCUCGUGGCACAACAUCCAAGCUGCCCAGACCAAAGACUGUCCCCUUUAUGAAUCAAAGUGAUCUUGGUUGCAUUGAAGCAAAUGUAAGACACAGGCAUAUCAAACAUCUUUGGAGGCAGGCUUUCCUUCACAUCAAGGCCUUGAAAGUAAAAUCGUCCAAAGCCCAGAUUCUUAAUUUGUUGCCUGAAUCUCCCGAUAUUUCCAAAGAGCUCCAGGUUGACGUUUUACCUACAGAGCAGCCAGAACAGCAGCUACUUCAUGAGGCCUAUAUAGCAAAUUCCUUUGUUCACUCAGCUGCAGAGCAAGACCUUCUGAAAGCGAAAGAGAGCUUGCCAAAGUCCUCUGCCACUUAUCUGAGAGAAGACAGCAACCAAAGCGCUGAGCACAAACCACUCUCAGAGGACAUCCACAGCAGCCCUACAUCACCGUAUGCAGUCUGGGACACAAGUGACCAGGGUUUUAGAGAACCCUCCCUUGAUUUCUUAGUUGUGUCUCAGUUGCUCCAGGAGUCACUAGAUUCUUCAAUGUCUCCAUCACCACAGCUUAGCCAGAGUCAGGUGUCUGAGAUGGUCCAGGAGUCACUAGAUUCUUCAAUGCCUCCAUCACCACAGCUCAGCCAGAGUCAGGUGUCUGAGAUGCUCCAGGGGUCACUAGAUUCUUCAAUGCCUCCAUCACUACAGGUCAGCCAGAGUCAGGUGUCUGAGAUGCUCCAGGGGUCACUAGAUUCUUCAAUGUCUCCAUCACCACAGCUCAGCCAGAGUCAGGUGUCUGAGAUGGUCCAGGAGUCACUAGAUUCUUCAAUGUCUCCAUCACCACAGCUCAGCCAGAGGGAUGUGUAUCCAAAGCCUCAAUAUGAGAUCACUGUACAAGCAAGUCACCCGCUCUUCAUGGAUGAAGAGCACAAGAAAGCUCUGGAACGAAAUGUCAAAAGGAAAAUCAUUCGCAAGAAAUGGAGGCACCUUAAAUUGAUUAUACAAGCCACAAAAGUAUUUUUGCCGGACAGGUUAACAGGACAAAGUGUUUUUCAGGAGAGAAAGCAGAAGCGCAAAUGUCUUUCUGAGCCUGAAAUCACAUCUUCAGGGAAAAUAAGUGUCUCUUUCAAUACCCUACCUGGUGAAUGGACGGAAAGUAAAAUGUCCUCCAAGCACAGCCUGCUGGGUGAAAAUAAAUCUUCUCAACACAAGACACCUCUGGAAACGCUGGGAAUCGAGAAGAGGGCUGUUUUGGAAAUGCAUGUGACUAUGAAGUGUUUCCAAAUCAGUCAUGAAAAGCUGCCACUGACGGUGCAAUACUCCUAUGCCCUUGCAUUCCCUGUUAUAAGGCAUCCCCUAGAAAAACUGAUUGCCCCAGGUGCUACCUUCAGAAAGACCAGACCUAAAACUGUACUCUUCAUGCAAGAAGCACGUCUCGAUCGUAUUGAAGAAAACAUAAGAUACAAGCGCAUCAGACACCUGUGGAGGGAGGCUUUUCUCCAUGCCAAAUCCUUGAAAACAGCAGACUCACAAUCUCUCAAUAGACCCGGUAGGUCCACUCAUUCCACAGUGGGUGUCAAGGUUCAUGACAUCCCGGGUUUACCCACAGAACAGCACUGCCCUCGUCGGGACAUCAUGCAGCAACUUUGUGGGGGCCCCUCUGUCGUUGACAGGGGUGUUGUAUCCCUGGAGUCAAGACAGAAUGUAAUCGGGUUCUUGGUACAACAGGCUGUUGUUGGCAUUGAGAUGAACUUAAGAAUCAAGAAGAUUGAACACCUACUGGGUGUGCCUACUCCUUUUACAAUGUCUUUGGCACAGACGACACCAAAAUGCCCACCUCUUCCAUCUUCAGCUGUAUCACGUGGCACUGUAGUUGAGUUUGAGGGUGCGGGCACCCCAUUCUUCUCUGAAGAAGCCAGAAAUCAGCUGGAGUUCCACAUCCAGAGGAAAAAGCUCCAGCAACAUUGGGGGCUACCUAAAAGGGUUCAGGAGUCCCUUGAAGAGUUUAUCCCUCCAGCUCCUCAGCUCAACCUGAGCCAGGCAUUUCCAAAGCCUCUGUAUGACAUCACUGUAGAACUGGGGGCCCUCACCUUUUUCCCAGAAGAGCACAAAACGACAGUGGAGCUGAAUGUGAAGAGGAAGAUCAUUCAGAAAAAAUGGCGAUACCCAAAACUACAAAUAACAUCUAUUAAAGCAUUUCUGCCACCACCAGCAGUAUCACAGGAUCUCCUACAGCAAAAGCCACUGAAGAGCUCCAGUAAACCCAAUGAAAGAAAACCAGAGACAACAACAAAACUAACUCAACAUGCUCCCAGGCAUUCAGACAAGAUACUGAGCUUCAGGCUUUCCUCCAAGUCCCUCAAGAAAUUAAAAACUAAUGAGCGACACAGACUUGAGUUUAGUUUAUUAAAGAAGUGCAUGGAGAUCAAAUUUGAAAGGCUACCAAAGAUGGUGAGUGGAUCAUAUAGAACCACUUUUCCUUUGAUUAAGGAAACCCUAAAGAAGAUAAUUGCCCCUGGCAUGCGUAUUCUGAUAACAAGACCACAAGUUAUUCUUUUUAUGGAUCAGAACGUUGUGGACCAGAUCGAAAUGAAUUUAAAACGCAAGCAUGUGGAACAGUUGUUGGGACUACCCACCCCCUGCACGGCGCCAUUAACCCUUUCGGUUCCCAAAAGCCCCCGCCCCCCUCCCCCUGUCCUGCCUCGUGGAGCUCCAGUGGAUGUCAAGGGGAUGGACACUGCGUUCUUCUCCGCAGAGUUCGGAGAUCGGCUGGAGUUCCAUAUUACCAGGAAAAAGAUCCAGCAGCAAUGGGGGUUGCCUAAAAGGAUCCAGGGGUCAUUGGAAGGAUUUAUGCCACCAGCCCCCCUGCUCACCCUAAGCCGCAUGUUACCCAAGCCUCACUAUGACAUCGUCGUGGACCUGAGUGACUUACCCUUCAUCAGUGAGCAGCACAGGAAGGCAGUGGAGUUUAACGUCAGGAGGAAGAUCGUUCACAAACACUGGGGCUACCCAAAGCUUGUGAUCGUGUCUGUUAAAUCAAUGACGCCGCCCGCCACCGUUGUGCAAGACCUACACACAAAAGGAGAAAAGGCUGCGAUGAUGUCCUCUUCCACAGACCAGGGGCUGAUGACCAUCGACGGCCUUUCUCCAUCGGCAUCCGGGAAAGGAUCCGCCUCAUCCCCGGCGGUCAAAGACCAAUCGGAGGAAUCCGUUUCUCAGAACACGGUGAGCUCAGCACUGAAAGAGGGGGUACAGGCGGUGGGGCAACAGAGGGGCGCCCCGCAAGCCUCCACCUCCUCUUCUGUUCUGCUGACACCCCUGGAAAGUGAAGGCAGUGAGACAGGGUUCACCUUACCUGCUGCGUCUGUAGAGAAAUUCAGCACCCCUGAAGACUUUUUUGGUCCUUCCUGUGCAUCUUCUGAGGAAUCUAUUCAAGCCAACAUUCCUGCCGGAACACUACCUAUGGAGAAAUUGGAAAAGCCCAAGAAACACGCUCUGGAUGGACCCGCGAGGCCACACAUGAAGGAAACAGGACUAGCGGAGAAAGAAGAAACCACCGAGACCCCCGACAAGCCUGCCAGUCCCACCCAGGGGCUGCUCUCCCCCAGCGCGUUCAGGGCCCGUCGGCGAGCCCCCUCCAGCAGCCUCGGGGUCCCCCGCCCCCAGCGCGGCUGGAAGCGCUGCCACCGGCGCGGGAGGGAGUUCCAGAGGAAGCUCCGUCCGGGAGAGGCCGAGGCCGAGGCCGGGGAGACGAGUCCGGAGCCGCCUGUCUCCGAGGGCUCCGAGGAAGAGGGCCGGGAGUUCGUGUCCCCACCUGGGCGUCGCCGGGCAGCCAGAGAAGGACAUUCCGCUGCGGCUCGGCAGGUCCCGGAGCCGGCUCCCCCUCCACGCCGGGCGAGCUCGUCCGGUGUCCACGCCGGCCAUCGGAAAUCCAGGAGGAAGUGCAUCCACAUCAGAGGGGACCUGCACAUCUCGGGUACUGAUCUGCACCGGAUUUUCCAGUGACGCAGUAAAGACUUUUGCAUCAAG